ACCUAACAAAAAUCAACAAAUAUAAGCUCUUUUUUUCUCCUGAAACGAGUAAAAGGUAGGGGAGGGUCGGGCUUAAGAGGGGUUUUCAGCGUUGGGAGGUGCAACAGGAAAUGGGUGAUGAAGAAGAAAGAAAAGAAGGGAAAACGGAAUCAAAGAAGAUUGAAGAAGAAGAGAGCAAAACCCCAAUGACUCCGUGGGAACAACACGCCAGCGUUAUAAGUAUUCCUCGCUUCGAUUACAAAGCUGCUUCUUCUUUACUUCAACGCUCUCACUCUGCCUUUCUCAUCACUUGCACUAUCAAGAGGGAGAAGAGCGCUACAAAAGAAGCCAUGUCCAUCUUUUCAAAGUAUGUUGGGUCCUUGAACACUGAUACCUCAUGUUCUGAAAGCUCUGAUGCAAAUGCUGAUAGUAAAAGAAGGAAAAUAUGUACAGGAGACAUUGAUCAGAAUAUUGCCAAUAGUGUUGACAGCACAGAGGUGACUGAAGGUGCAGGCGGAAUUCCAAAAGAUGACUGUUUUUCCUCUGCAAAGACUGAUAAAAGUGAAGCAGAAGAUUUUGUUCUUUCACUAGUCAAGCUGACAAAGAGUGGUUUGCUUCUCCUUACCUUCCCCAGGGAGAACUCCUUAGACACAAUUGAUAUUGUUUCAGAUAUCUUUCGGGAUCUGGAGUCUGGGAGUUUAAAGUCACCACUUUGGUGUCACCGCAUCUUCCCCAUCCAAGCUACCUGUACUUUGAAUGAGAAGGAAGUGCAAGCAGUUGUAUCGAAGCUUGUUCUUCAAUUUGUGAAUGAUAAACGGAACAAACUUGCACAACCUCUAAAGUUUGCUGUUGGGUUCAACAGAAGAGGGAUCGAAGAGAGCCAAUUGAAGAUUCCUAAAGAUUCUUCUAGGAAUUCUGAUCAGUCAGUUUUAUUGGACCGCAAUAAAUGCUUUAGCAUUGUGGCUUCUGCCGUUAAAGGCAUUGUUUCAGAUUCAGUUGUGGAUCUAAAAUCUCCAGAGCUAUCUAUUCUUGUUGAGUUGCUUCCUCUCUCUGGAGUGUCUAAUGGAUCACUAGUGGUUGGUGUUUCUGUUCUUCCCCAAAACCUUGUCAGUACUAAGCCACGACUCUGCAUCAAGCCACUGGUUUGCGAUAAAAAAGGGAGGAAAGAAAGUUAAAGAAGGUGUGUCUUUUUAUAAUGUUUUGUUUGAUAAGAAUCAAGGUCUUUGCAACGAUAACAUGAGUCAAUCUUUCUGCUGGAAUCAUUAUGACCCAGUUUAUUCUUCAUGCUUUCGCCCCAUCAAAGUGACAUGCUGCUGUCCAACUGUUAUUUUCUUGUCAUAGAAAUGCUUCCGUGGUUGAAUUGAGCUGAUAGAUGGUGUGCGCAAAAAAAGAAAUAAUUGCCUGACCACAAACAACGGUCCAUAUGUUCAAGUCACGUUUCCUACAGAGUUUUACACAUGCAUGUCUCUGAAGCAUCACAGAGACUGAUGUAUUGAGACGGCAUCAAGAAACUUGCUUGGGUCAUUCAAGGGUUCUUUUUUUGUUUUUUUUUUCACUCGUUCAAGCACAUUUACCAGCUGCCAUGUCAAUCAGAGAUUAUGAUUUUACUUUUCAACUUGGUCUUCGCCCACUGGUGACAAGAGUUUGGGAACAACUUCGACUUGUAGCAUUGUCACAUCUGCUCACUCUCACAUAUCAGUCUCAUGACACAGGGAUGUAUAUUUUUUGUACCUUAAGCCUCCGAGUAGGGAUGCGAUUCCUUUGCUAUAUCCUUUUAUUUUUCUUUUUGUUUUGUUUUUGCUUUCAAGAGUGAACAGCCUAUUUACAUGCCAUUAGUCCUACACCAGCACCUUCUGCAUAAUAACUCUACCAAAAGGCAAUGUUAUCGCUGGAAGAUCAUCACCAAGAGAGACAAUCAUACUUGCGGGGCAUUGAUGAAUUUAUCGGAUUAGCCAAUCAAGGGUAGCUUUAAUUGAUAGGAUUAAACUGUACAAAUAUAAGUGGUCCAAAAUAUUGAAAUAUGAAACCUAGCUACGUGUGUAUACACAUCAAGGUUUCCUGUUUCUUAAAAGAGUUAUCCAACCACCAUCCCUAUUAACUAUUAGGAUACGUUAGAAUAUAAAAUUAUAAUAAGAUAGAAU